UGCCCGCCGGAGCGCGCGCCCGGGCGAGUGAGUGUGUGCGGGAGUGUGUGCGCACACGCCUUCGGGGGCUGGAGUGACACUGCAGUGGGUUUCUCCCUCGCGCCGGCCCUCCGGCUGCUCAGCCCCCCCACCUGCCGCCCCCGCGUUUGGGAAGCAGCUUGGCUCUUUUAUCUUCCCGAGCCUCCCUCUCCAUCCACCCCUCGCCAGUCUUACUUUUCCUUUCACCCAGGGGGCUGCAGCUGGCCACCCUUCCGCCGGUGCCAACACCUAAGCCGUUUCCAGUGUCUCCUUAGCCAGUCUUUUCCACUUAUCUUUCUCCGGGGUUCCUCCACGAGCCAGUCCAAGGCUCCCCCAUCCUUGGAAAUUGUUUUGUUGGACUGCCGUACCGAGGCGUGUAAAGCUUGAGGACUUUAUUAUUAUUUCGAUUCUUUUCAUCUCCUCCCCUUCUGGGCAACGGAGCCAUGAAAUUUCCAAUCGAGACUCCAAGAAAACAGGUGAACUGGGAUCCGAAAGUGGCCGUUCCGGCAGCAGCACCCCCGGUGUGCCAGCCCAAGGGUGCCACUAGCGGGCACCACGCGGCCCCGCGCCUGUCCGUUUCCUCCCGAGCCACGGUGGUAGCCAGAAUGGAAGGCGCCCCCCAGGGGGGCCUGCAGACCGUCAUGAAGUGGAAAACGGUCGUUGCCAUCUUUGUGGUCGUGGUGGUCUACCUCGUCACGGGCGGUCUGGUCUUCCGGGCGCUGGAACAGCCCUUCGAGAGCAGCCAGAAGAACACCAUCGCCUUGGAGAAGGCAGAAUUCCUGCGGGACCAUAUCUGCGUGAGCCCACAGGAGCUGGAGACGCUGAUCCAGCAUGCCCUUGACGCUGAUAAUGCAGGAGUAAGUCCAAUAGGAAACUCUUCCAACAACAGCAGUCACUGGGACCUUGGAAGUGCCUUUUUCUUUGCUGGAACUGUCAUCACCACCAUAGGGUAUGGGAAUAUUGCUCCGAGCACUGAAGGAGGCAAAAUCUUUUGUAUUUUGUAUGCCAUCUUUGGAAUUCCACUUUUUGGUUUCUUAUUGGCUGGAAUUGGAGACCAACUGGGAACCAUCUUUGGGAAAAGCAUUGCAAGAGUGGAGAAGGUCUUUCGAAAAAAGCAAGUGAGCCAGACCAAGAUCCGGGUCAUCUCAACCAUCCUGUUCAUCUUGGCCGGCUGUAUUGUAUUUGUGACGAUCCCUGCUGUCAUUUUCAAAUAUAUCGAGGGGUGGACAGCCUUGGAGUCCAUUUACUUUGUGGUGGUCACUCUCACCACAGUAGGCUUUGGUGAUUUUGUGGCAGGGGGAAACGCUGGGAUCAAUUACCGGGAGUGGUAUAAGCCCCUAGUGUGGUUUUGGAUCCUUGUUGGCCUUGCCUACUUUGCAGCCGUCCUCAGUAUGAUCGGAGAUUGGCUACGGGUUCUAUCCAAAAAGACAAAAGAAGAGGUCGGUGAAAUCAAGGCCCACGCGGCCGAGUGGAAGGCCAACGUGACGGCCGAGUUCCGGGAGACACGGCGGCGGCUCAGUGUGGAGAUCCACGACAAGCUGCAGCGGGCGGCCACCAUCCGCAGCAUGGAGCGCCGGCGCCUGGGCCUGGACCAGAGGGCCCACUCGCUGGACAUGCUGUCCCCCGAGAAGCGCUCCGUCUUCGCCGCCCUGGACACGGGCCGCUUCAAGGCCUCAUCCCAGGAGAGCAUCAACAACCGGCCCAACAACCUGCGCCUGAAGGGGUCGGAGCAGCUCAACAAACACGGGCAGGGCGCCUCGGAAGACAACAUCAUCAACAAGUUCGGGUCCACCUCCAAGCUCACCAAGAGGAAAAACAAGGACCUCAAAAAGACCUUGCCCGAGGACGUCCACAAAAUCUACAAGACCUUCCGGAAUUACUCCCUGGACGAAGAGAAGAAGGAGGAGGAGACGGAGAAGAUGUGCAACUCGGACCACUCCAGCACGGCCAUGCUGACUGAGUGCAUCCAGCAGCAGGCCGGGAUGGAGAACGGGCUGGUCCCCACGGACACCAGAGACCAGGAACUCGAGAACAACGCAUUACUUGAAGAGAGAAACUAAAUGCUGAGGACCUUGGACUUGACCAAGCGUCGUGUUUUUUAUAUUCACCCUGAGACACGUGCCUUAAACAGACUUCUCGUUAGUCCGAAAUUACAUAGCAUCGAAGAAUAUAUUUCACUGUGCCAUAAACGACUGAGAUGAGAAAGAUCGCUCUGCCAAAAGGAGUCAAAGAACAAAGACUGCACUUCUGGUGGCGGCCGCAGGACACUGGGGGAGUGUUCGCACACGCAGGAGGUCGUGGCCGCAAAUGUUAAGGGCGUGUCUGGGACGGUGCUUGCACCCCUGUGUGGUGCCACCCCGGCCCCAGCAUGUAGAAAAGGGCAGCUAUUCCUUAGACCAGCCUUCUGAAAGGAACAGAUGUGUCUCCUAAGUGGAGUCUCAUUUUCCGAACCUACUGUUAGAGAUACGUGCACACACAGAAGGGGACCAGAUGGGGGGUGAACGAGUACCUGCAGGGAGGGUCUGAGUUGGCAUUUUGGCAUGUUGCUCCGAGCUUGAGUUUUGAUACAAACCCUUCAGGGCGCACCUACUCUUUCUAGGCUCCAAAUGAGCGUCUGUGGGACCUGAGAGCACGUGGAAUUUGUUGGCAACAGAUCAGAGCACACGUAUUCAAAGGUGCAAUUGCUUUCCUCAUUACAAAAGAAAAAAAAAAAUCACAAAUGCAUCACACUGUGGAAUACCACCUUAACCAAUGACAGAAGCCUACUGAACUUUGUGUUUUUGACGAACGAUGAAAAAAGUGAACCCGCGAGCAUCGGCGGACACUCGGCCUCAUCUGCUGCAUGGUUACGGGCACAACAUCAUGCAUUUUCCUCAGUGGGUGCAGUGGUGAAAAUAAACUGGUUCUGAAACGUUCACGUUCACUUUUCUAGUGGAACUUCGGUUAUAAGUCGUUUUGAUAAGAGGGGGAAAAAUACCAAAACAAUUGCCUUGCAUGAUGCCAGUGGCUUGCUGUUCUGUCUAGCUGAUCCUAAUUUUUUUUUAUAAAAAUAGACAUCCUGCAUGUCUGAGACAUACCAAGGAGGACCAUGGCAUCAUUCCAUCUCAGGGCUUUUUGUCCCUUUGGGUGUCUUAAGGUAGACAUAGUGACGAGGUCCAGUCCUGCUAUCUCCAAACGAAAGAAAGAUUCCCCCAACAACUCUUGUACACGAAGAUUGAAUUGUUUUAAAAUUGCCUGCAGCUUAAGUGCCAUUAAUGCCAUUUACAAAUAAUGCUUAAAAGAAAUAUUUACAACAUUCCACUUUUAUGUUUGGGUGUUCCUUAUUUUGAAAGCAUCACUUCUUUUCCUUGCUUGUUUCUUUAGCCCACACUUGCUGCUCACGAAAGUUGGAACCCCAGUGUGAUCGAUCGUUUCAAGGCAAACAAUAGCAACACCUGAUAAUUGAUUGUUCCAUGAGGUUGAAAUUGUGAAGGAAAGUGGGGGAGUGGCUAGUCAUAGGUUUUGAGAAGAUUCUGAAUUGAUGAUUUUUUUUUUUUUUUAAUCAGAAAGGGCAAAAUAUGUGCUAGGCUCACCAUCCUUACCCUUUUGCAUAACUGGCUGGCCAUUCACACUUAGCUACGUGGACCACACUCUGAAGCCUUUGGACUUGCACACCCAGGAGGUUGCAGGUUAUGGUCCUCCCAGGCUCAGCACCGCCUGUUGGGGGUUUCACACAAUUCACACACAGAGUGGAUUUAAUCAAGAGAUCACAGGAUUAGUGGAGACUUCCCAAAACCAUCUAAUGCUUUCUGACUUCUGGGGAAAAUUAUAUCCGCCACAUCCUUGACCACUGGUACCAGGGCAGACCUCUUCCUGCCCAUCUCCCCAAAAUGCCUGGACCACAUGUAGCUCCCCUUCCCCCUGCCCCAAAUUUUGGGCUCCAGCUAAAGUUCUGGCAUUUCCUUUGGGAAGGAGCCAAAGCAGAAUCACUUUCAUGAGGCCCUUCCUGUCCAACGGUAGAUUUGGUUUAAUGCCUCCACUUGGCUGGAGCUGUGGCUCACUGGUGACAUCCUGUGUCCACACAUUAAGAGACACAGGAAACGAUGCUUAUGCAGGUGUGGGCGUUGGCUCUUACUGGGAGAGUCCUUCAAGCCUGCAAAAUGUGUUUUCAUUGGUGGAUAACUGGGACUUUCUUAUUCCAACAAGUUAAAACCUUCCUGAUUAAACUAUCGAUCCACCC